AAAACGCUACUUCUGUCCGGAUUUCGGCGCUGGCUCCGGGAAAGAAAGGUAUGAGAGAGUAUUUUGCGAUGGUGAUGCUUGUUGAUGUUGAUCUAAGUUAGUUACUGCUGAUAUGUGAUGAACUUCAUGCUAGUUAGAGGAAAUUGGGAAGCUAGGGUUAGAGGAAAUGUUAGGAUUUGUUAGUUGAUUUGGCAUGGAAUGUAUAGAAAAAAUCAUUCAAACAUUUUGGAUAUGAAUUGUAUUGAAUAUUAGUGAUGAAUUUAAUAGCCGAUUCAUGAACUUACACCGUGCUAGUUUGUAUGAUGAAAAAGAGCACGAAUUGUAGAUACUAUGUGAUAUUCAUGAACUUACACCGUGCUAUUUUUCUGUAAUUGUAGGACAAUGCCAGACGUAGUUUGGGAGCAUGGCCAAAAGGUCGGGGGUGGUUUCAAAUGCAAGUAUUGCAGGGAGGAGAAGGGUGGGGGAGGAGCAACACGGUUCAAAGAGCAUUUGGCACAUAGGGGGAAAGAUGUGAAGGACUGCCCUUCGGUUCCGAUCGAAGUUAAGCAAUUCUUUAGUGAGCAGUUGGACAGGAACAAGGUUAGAGCAAAAGCAAGGGCCCGAGAAAGAGUGCUGAGGGACCAAGCAGCAAGGGGGCGGCACACUGACCUAGAGGAGGAGGGUGGCCAGGGGCACGACGAGGAUGCAGAGCUACAGGCUGCCUUACACCAGUCCCGCCAAGAGUAUGACUUUAUGCAGCAAGCUGGGCCACGAUACGAGAGGGGUGGCGGAUCUGGAGCUGCUUCUGGAUCUAUAAGUGGUGGUGUUGGAGGCAGUGGUGGACCACAGCCUUCGAUGUUCAGAAGGAGUCAGUCACAAGUCCCCGAGAGGGUUAGGGACUACCACCUAGGUUUGAGCAGUGCUCCACGACAGCAAAGGAUUGAUACCGGCCCAUGGACUGUCAAGGGGAGGACAUCAAGAGAGCUUCUAGGGAGGGCAUGGGCGAAGGCGUGCCAUGCUGUCGGUAUUCCCGGCCGGAAAGUCGAUGACCCAUACUUUAAAGCUGCGAUCGUGGAGACCCAGAAACAAGGUGUUGGAAUCAAAAUAUCAUCAGGGAGGGAGAUAGAUGGAAAAUAUUUGGAUGAGAAUGUGAAGGAGAUAGAGAAAGAGAUAGAGAAGUGGAAGAACGAGUGGGAUGAAUGUGGAGUCACGAUCAUGUGUGAUUCGUGGACGGGGCCUAUGCGUAAUUCGGUCAUUAAUUUCUUGGUGUAUAGCGGUGGCACCAUGUAUUUCUUGAAGUCCAUCAAUGCGUCCUACAAAAUACAGGACCAUCAAUACUUGUUGAAGGAGAUACGAGCAGUGGUCAUGAAAGUGGAGCCUCACAAUGUGGUUCAGCUUGUCACGGAUAAUGGUUCGAACUACAAAAAAGCCUGCACUGAGGAGGAGUUAGGUAGUGACGAUACCACACCUGAGCCUAGUGGUGGUGAGGACAUUGGUGAUGAUGAUGAUGAUGAUGAUGAUGAUGAUGAUGAUGAUGAUGAUGAUGAUGAUUCCAGUAGCAGUGAAGGUGAUGGCAAUGAUGGCAACGAAAGUGGUGGUUAUCGUAUAUCUCCUACUAUAAGGUUCACUGGGGAGGAGGACUUCACCCAUGCAACACAAGAUACAGAUCAUGGAGCACCUACUUCACAACGACAAACAACAUCGACACAUCGACAUGGUCGACAGGCCCCACUUGCAUAUGAUGAAGAUAGCUCCAACUCUGCCUCUAGUGGUCAGUACUACAACCCUUACAGUACUUCUCCCCCUGCAGGGGGCUUUCUGUGGCCACCACCAGGGGUGGUGAACCCGCCACUUCCGCAGGCAGUUGCAGCAUUGCCUUAUUUGGAUUAUCACGGCUACCUACCAUAUCGAGCUCCACAGUUGCAAUAUCGCCCACCUACGUACGUGUAUUUGCCACCAACAGACGAGCCGUAUGAGGGACCACCGGGAGAGAGAUUUGAGGACCGAAGAAUGCAGCAUGAGCAAGUAUACAACUCUGCAAAUAACACAAUAAGAUUGGCAGUGGCAUUACUUGCUAAGGAUGAUGACCGGAAUCCUCCAACAAUCAGCAGGAGUGGGCAGCUGAUCAACUACGCCUUGCCAGCCGAUAAACCAAAUAUCGGCUAUGGUGCUCCAACUCUGAUAGAUGUGACCACUGGGAGAAAACGCAAAAAUGUUGCUGGCAAUGGCUCCAAAUUCAACUGUGCCAUGGCUUCCUCUAAUUCUGGUUCAUGA